UGCAAUUGGACAUGGUCCACUUUGGGUCCCACGUUUUCUUAUAUAUCCUUGCAAUUGCCAAGCUGUUCUUUUUAUUAUUUUCCGCCAUUUUUGCUCUCUUUCAAGUUUUCUUUGCUCAGAUCUACUUCAACUUAUCUCUCUUAUUACACAGUAGGAAUAAAGAGAGAGAAUGAAAGUUGCAAUCUUUUAACGAAGAUCUGAAUUUUUUUUCCAUGUACAAAGAUGGGAAAAAAGGGUGGCUGGUUUUCUAUUGUGAAGAAAGCUUUGAGCCCUGAUUCCAAGAAAGAUCAGAAAACUCAAAAAUCAAAGAAGAAAUGGUUCGGAAAAACCAAAGAUUUGUGCCCAGUUUUUGUGCCUGAAGACACUGAAGAUGUAAAGCUGAAAGAAGCUGAAAACGAGCAAAGCAAACAUGCCUACUCCGUCGCUGUCGCCACCGCUGUGGCGGCUGAGGCGGCGGUAGCUGCUGCUCAGGCGGCUGCUGAAGUUGUUCGUCUCACUUCUCAGCCGCGCCAGCCGGGGAAGUCGAACGAGGAAGUAGCUGCUAUUAAAAUUCAAUCCGCAUUUCGGGGAUAUUUGGCUAGGAGGGCAUUGCGAGCUUUGAGAGGGUUGGUGAGAUUGAAGUCGCUGAUGCGAGGACAAUACGUCAAACAUCAAGCAAGUACGACAUUAAAAUGCAUGCAGACUCUUGCACGCGUGCAGUCGGAGAUUUGUGCCAGGAGGAUUAGAAUUUCGGAAGAGAACACGGCACUUCAGCACCAUCUUCAACAGAAAUGUGAGAAAGAGCUCGAGAAGUUGAGAGCUUCUAUCGGAGAAGACUGGAAUGAUAGUACGCUGUCAAAGGAGCAGAUCAAAGCAAGACAACAAAAACAGCAAGAAGCUGCUAUGAAAAGGGAAAGAGCAUUGGCUUAUGCAUACUGUCACCAGCAAUCGUGGAAAAACUGUUCUAGAUCAGUAAACCUAACCUUUAUGGAUCCGAAAAAUCCGCACUGGGGUUGGACUUGGUUAGAGCAAUGGAUGGCAGCCCGACCGUGGGAGACCAGAAGCACAAUCGAUAACAAUGAUUUUGGUUCAAUCAAGAGCAUAGGUGAAAUCAGCAGAGCUUAUUCUCUAAGAGAUAUUAACAACGAUAACAAACCAUCUCCGACACCUCUGAAGUUAAGUCGACUUCCUAGCCGUCAAUCCCAUUUGACUCCACCAUCAAAGGCAUCUUCGAUUUCAUCGGUUUCCGGUAAAACGAGACUGCCAAGUCCAAGGGGGAGUCUCUGGGGAGGUUACGAGGACUCAAGGAGCAUACUCAGUGCCCGGUCCGAUCGUUAUCGGAGACGUAGCAUUGCGGGCUCGUCAAUGAGAGAUGAUGAGAGCCUUACAAACUCACCUGGAGUUCCGAGUUACAUGACACCAACACAGUCAGCAAAAGCCAGGUCCCGAGUACCAAGUCCUCUGGGAGCCGGCACACCAAACAGGGGAUUGGCAGGGUCUUCAAAGAGACGGCUUUCAUUCCCGGCAUUCCCGGCUAGUAAUAGGAGACAUUCGGACCCUCCGAAGAUUGACAUUACGAUGUCUAAAAGUGGAUAAAGCGAGCAAUGGGAGGCAAGUUGACCGGUGAAAACAAAAGAUGAUACAAAACCCUACAUCAAAUAAGAUUGAAUAAAGGAUGUCCUUAUCACCUGCAACGAAA